AACUCAUGAAAGGGGAAUAACCCUAUGUCUCCAGCACAGCAGCACAAGGGCUAAGAUCCUGGGGUGGAUCCCUUAACAGCUGUUGUUGGAACCACACUUGUGAACAAUGUCGUAAAGAAGUUCCGCUGUAGGAUACCUUUAAUGGAAUCAAUUACCUCGGUUCCUUUAUAACCAAGUCCAUCGGAAAGGCAGACUCAACAUAUUAUGGGCAACUGUGUGAAGUCUCCACUGAGAAACCUCUCAAAAAAGAUUCGUCAUGAGGAGAAGACCUGCUAUAAGGCUGUUCAGACGAGUGAAGAGGGACCGUCAGCCUGCGAGUACCAAGGUCCACUCAUGAUGCUGGCCCAGAACUGCGCCGUCAUGCACAACCUCCUGGGGCCAGCAUGCAUCUUCCUGAGGAAGGGCUUCGCAGAAAACAGGCAGCCUGACAGAGAACUGCGACCAGAAGAAAUUGAAGAGUUAAGAGAAGCCUUCAAGGAGUUUGAUAAAGACAAGGAUGGAUUUAUCAACUGCAGGGACCUGGGGAACUGCAUGCGGACCAUGGGCUACAUGCCUACCGAGAUGGAGCUCAUAGAGCUAUCCCAGCAGAUCAACAUGAAUUUGGGCGGUCAUGUGGAUUUUGAAGAUUUUGUGGAGCUGAUGGGACCAAAGCUUUUGGCAGAAACUGCAGAUAUGAUUGGUGUAAAGGAGCUACGUGAUGCCUUCAGAGAGUUUGACACCAAUGGUGAUGGAGAGAUCAGCACCAGUGAGCUGCGGGAGGCCAUGAAGAAGCUGCUGGGGCAGCAGGUGGGCCAUCGGGAUAUUGAAGAGAUCAUCCGAGAUGUGGACCUGAACGGAGAUGGGCACGUGGAUUUUGAAGAGUUUGUUAGGAUGAUGUCCCGUUGAAGAUUACGCUCAUCUGAAGAGGAACCAGCACCUCAGUGAAGGCAGAAGAGACCUGAGUGGAGCAUCUAGCCCUGAUGUUCCCAUGCAAAGGUUUAUAGGCUGGAUGCAUUUGAGACAGUGUGAGAUGACCUGCCUCUCCUGCCCCAAAGUGGUCCCCACACUCCUCCAGCCUUUCACACUGUGAAAGACUCAUAAUGUCCUAUAACUGGAACUGUUCCUUCAAGAAGGCGACAGCAGGUAACUGCAGCGCCAGGACAAGCCACGAUGUUUUCAUGAGAUGUUUGCAACUUUAGACUCCUCCCCUCCUGCUUUUAUUCUCCCACCGACUGCUGCAAAGCAAGAGAAGAGGGAGCCUCUCGGAUUGGGGGAUGAAAGCAAAGCCAUCUGGGAUUGGUGGCUGCAGCAGGUCGCGCUCCGCACCUGUUGGAUUCCCUUGGUGAACUGUGUCCGUGUUUGCUGUGUGUCUGUCUGGAGUUAUUUAUGCCUCCCUGGUACAUUCUCGUGUCUUCUGUGGUUACGUUUACCGAGAGCAACUACAAAAACAUGUCUGGAAAAAAAAAGGUGAUAAAUGUGCAAACUGAA